CUUACGUGUACAGCCAACGGGAUCGGCGUUAAGGCUACACCAGAAUAUUUGGCAAGGGGGAAAAAAAAAAAAAAAGAGGAGAGAGGGAGAGAUCUCUUUUUUUUUCUCCCAGUCUCAGAAACAUGUCGAUGAGUCCCAAGCAUACUACUCCCUUCUCAGUGUCUGAUAUCUUGAGUCCUCUGGAGGAGAGCUACAAGAAAGUGAGCAUGGAGGGGUCUGGCUUGGGGGCUCCCCUGGCAGCCUAUAGGCAGUCCCAGGUGUCUCAGCCUGGCAUGCAACAGCACAGCAUGGGCCACAAUGGGCCAGUGAGUGCCACCUACCACAUGACAGCGUCAGGGGUCCCUCAGCUCUCCCACACCUCCAUGGGGGGCUACUGCAACGGCAAUCUGGGCAACCUGGGCAAUAUGAGUGAACUACCACCUUACCAGGACACCAUGAGGAAUAGCUCAGCUACAGGAUGGUACGGAGCCAACCCAGACCCACGAUUCUCUACCAGUAAGUAUCAGACAGAAUGCUGUGUUUUAUAGAAACCUCAGUGAUAUUUGGAACUAGUUAACAAAUAGUAGGAUUGAUGCAGAAUGUGUCAGUGGGCAACAUUCUCAUUGAACACCUAAGUCGUUUAUAUUUAUUUUUAUUCUUUAAAAUGUUUUGCGUGAUGACUCUAAAUGAAAAAAAAAAAAAAAAAUACACUUGGUGUUUGUUUGUUUUUUUCAAACUUAACUAAAUGUUGCCUAAAAGGACUUUGAGAGGAACUUUUAUACCAAUAUUUGUAUCAAUAAUCUAUUGUUACAAUAUAACACAUGUAACAAUUCUUUACGCGUGUGCAUUAUUAUUGUACGAGAUACAUCAAAAUACAUACAUCAUGUGUGUAUGUAUAUAAAAGAAUGAAAAAGUUCUUUGAAAUGUGGAUAUAUUUUGCUUUUAUGAAGAUUCCAAACUGUUAUAUGAAAUGGAAUGUAAAAUGCCCUGUAUGAAAAUGGUUGUUUCAUUGUAUUUAUUUUUUUCUUGUGUGUCUUACCAAUUUAGUUUCACGUUUUAUGGGCCCCUCCGGUGGGAUGAACAUGGGAGGUCUUGGUAACAUGGGCUCUCUGGGAGAUGUUGGCAAGAGCAUGGGCCCCAUCCAGAGCACACCGAGGAGGAAACGCAGGGUCCUCUUCUCCCAGGCCCAGGUUUACGAAUUGGAAAGGCGCUUCAAACAGCAGAAAUAUCUGUCGGCACCAGAGAGAGAACAUUUGGCCAGCAUGAUCCAUCUAACACCCACUCAGGUGAAGAUAUGGUUUCAAAACCACCGUUAUAAAAUGAAGAGGCAAGCCAAGGACAAAGCAGCCCAACAGCAGAUGCAACAGGACAGCAAUUCAUGCCAACAGCAGCAUUCUCCUAGAAGGGUGGCUGUGCCAGUGUUGGUGAAGGAUGGCAAGCCUUGCCAGGCAGGUUCCAACACACCCACAGCAUCCCUACAGAACCACCAACAACAAGGGCCCACAGCUAUCACUGUGACCACAAAUGGAUUGGGGCAACAUCAAAGCCAUCAGACAAACAGUGCAGGCCAAUCUCCAGAUAUGGGGCAACAUUCUAGCAGCCCAUCUGGUCUUCAGAGCCAGGUGAGCAGCCUGUCACACCUGAACUCUUCCAGUUCUGACUAUGGCACUACCAUGUCCUGUUCUACCUUACUUUAUGGCAGGACAUGGUGAAUGAGAGCCUCUCAGUUCCUCCUCCUGUAACCCCACUCCACCCUCUCCAAAAAAAAAAAAAAAAAUAACCCUUCUCAGCCUCAAGAAAAACAAAUGCAAG